AUGCAAGUUUCCCACACUUCCUCCAAGGGCUUAGCCCUGAUCCGGGGGAUCCUCUCUAGGCAGAGGAAACAACCCAUCAAACUGCAGAGGGAAAUCCCUUCCAGAUUGCACAGCGACAAGGCAGACCUCCUGUACAUCUCUGAGUAUUUCUCUCAGAGCGCCCAGAAGCUGUCCUUCUACAGCUGGUAUGGGAACGCCAGACUCUUCCGCUUCCAUGUGCCGGAGGACACCAUUCUGCUGCGCUGGCUUCUGCAGGCCUCCAAGGGAAAAGGACCUGAGUGCACCAGCAUGGAGAUCACCAUCCACUUCCGUUACGGAGCCCCUCCCGUCAUUAACCCGCUGGGCUCUCGGUUUCCCUCGAAUGCGACCGUCCGCCCGUCCUACAACCAAACCAUGACUCUGAGCACCACGCUGCAGAACAGUUCCUUUGUGAACAUCACCACCCCUGCUGCCGGAGACUGGUUCAUUGCUGUGCACCUGCCGGAGGCUGCAGGCAAGAUCGAAGUGAAGGGUUUCUCUACUCCGUGCACCUAUCUAUUCCAGCCGGACAUGUUUGUGCUGAGACUCAUUGAUGUCCCUGUCCUGGAGCCAGACACUCCCUUGCAGCUAACCAUUGCCUCCCCUGCGAGGCCGCUGCAUGUCAAGAUCUUCAUCCCCGAGUACACGGCCACCCUGCAGUUCACGCUGCGGAGCUGUGCGGAGAACAGCACAAAGACGUGUGCCGUGCGGCUCGUGCUGGGCUCCAUCACGCUGCCGCGGUCCUUCCAGAAAACUGUCCAGUGCACGGGGAGAGCCAAUUGCAGCCUGGUCCUUGACUCGCCCCCGUGGGAGAAGUGGCUGCAGAUCAUGGCGGAGAGUCUGGGCCCUGCCAACACCAGCGUUUCCGUGGAGAUGAAGGCCUCCUUCACAGCUUGCAAGCCGGGGAGCACCAGUUCAUUCCUUAAUUUCUACAACAGCCUGAACCAGAGCCAGAGCACGCCAGCCCUGGGUGGGGGUCCCAGUGCCAGCACUGCGGGAACGGUGGGAAACACCACUCUGCCCACAGCGAGUACUGCAAACGGUGCAUCCAACCCAGAGACCUUCUGCCUCCAGAAUCACCUCGUCAUCCGGGAGGACCUGGACGUUGCCUCUGUGAGGUUCCGAGUCCUAAAUGGGCCCAGUGUUUCUGUCCACUCUGAAUUCCCCACGCUUCUCCUCUUCAACUUGAAUACUGGCAUGGACAGCGGAGGCACCCUGGUGGUGGACCUGCUGCUGAACGAGACUUCCCUGAGCAUAGGCAAUGCGAGCGUGACCGCGUGCGUGAGUGCUGCCUCGCCGGUGCUGACCCUCAAUGCCACGCCGAAUUGCAGCACAGCUUUUUUCCAGGGCUACCCUCUGAACAUGACGGCAUCCUCCCCAGAAGCCACCCUAAUUAUUCCCUACCCAGAGACUGACAACUGGUUCCUCUCCCUGCAGCUCGUCUGCCCGUGGGGCCAGGGGGAAUGUAACAAAGGGAAAGCCAAAGUGACCGUCUCCACAUACCUCACCCCCUGCUUCGACGACUGUGGGACGUACGGACAGUGCAGCCUUCUGAGAAGACAUGGCUACCUCUACGCCGGCUGCAACUGUAAAGCUGGAUGGGGCGGCUGGAGCUGCACUGACGACACUAAAGCCCAGUCUGUCGGCUCACAGAACCUGGCCACCCUGCUGCUCACGCUCAGUAACCUCAUGUUCCUGCCGGCCAUCGCAGUCGCUCUGUAUCGCUUCUACCUGGUGGAGGCCUCUGUGUACACCUACACCAUGUUCUUCUCCACGUUCUACCAUGCGUGUGACCAGCCCGGAGUUGCGGUGAUGUGCAUCAUGGAUUACGACACGCUGCAGUACUGCGACUUCCUGGGCUCCGUCGUCGCCAUUUGGGUUACAAUCCUAUGUAUGGCCCGAGUGAAGAAAAUCUUAAAAUACGUUCUCUUUGUGCUGGGGACACUGCUAAUUGCCAUGUCCCUGCAGCUGGACCGCAGAGGCAUUUGGAACAUGAUGGGGCCCUGUCUUUUUGCUCUCAUCAUCAUGAUUGUGGCAUGGGUUUACCAUGGCGUGAAGCGCCGCCAUUGCUACCCCCCCACGUGGAAGCGCUGGGUUUUCUACCUCACUCCAGGAAUCGUCUUGGCAUUGGUGGCCCUCUCGGUGUACGCGUUCAUGGAAACCAAUGACAACUACUACUACACACACAGCAUCUGGCACAUGCUGGUGGCCAGCAGCGUGGCUUUCCUGCUCCCGCCUUGUGACAAGCAUAAGAAGGCCUGGACCUGGCCACAGAAGCUCACCUGUCGCUAUCAGAUAUGCAAUAAUGACCGAGAGGAGCUCUAUGCGGUGACCUGAGUCGGGCUGGCAUGCAGGGUCACCGGCCAGCGGGCCGAAGGGCUGGCUUGGGUCCCCCUUCACCAGGCCUGGGAGAGCGGCCCCCGUGCAUGCUCAGAACUCAGCAAUGCACUCGUUGGCUAGCCAGGGGAGCCCAAAGCAGCAGGUUUGACACUGCGGACCCUGGGCCUCAGCCUCUGGGAAACAGGUGACAUGGAGUCCCUCCGCAUUUCCUCGGGAAUGGGGAGGGGUUUCUGAUGAAUAAAGGAGAAGCCUGCAUCCACGUUCCGCGCGAAAGACGAGCGCUCCAUUCCCUGCCUCGGCAGCUGGUCUGGGGCUCGCUGUUACCUGUCUGUAGAAAGCCGCAGGAUGGAGCCUGGCUUUGUUUCCACCUGGAGUUCCUGUGAUCUCCCCUCGCUUUGCCAUAGAAAGGGCAGGUACCCAGCUGUGUAUGAGCUGGAGCUGAUGAGGUCUCAGCGUGUGUGCCCUUUGGUGGGGUAGUAAUGAGCCAUCCUCCAAAGCAGCUGCUCUGGAUCAUCGGUCCCCACCCUGGGAUCCUGUGGGUGAAUGAUGUCUUAGUGUUUGUUUUUGGUGAGUGUUACCAGCGGAGCGAGGCCCUGAGAAGGCCGGGGCUUGCAUUCAAACAGAACUGGGGCUAAACUUCAGGAUCUGAUUCGAUGGCACCAUAGCGCAUCUGUCUUUGAGAGACUUCAGUGACAUCCAAGGGGAGACAUAGCCCUGACCCAGAACUGCAAAGGUGGAUUCAGGAGCAGGGAUCUGACGCUCCCGGAGCGUCUGUUUUGGUCAGUGAAUCUCAGGAGAGCCAUGAAGUCACCAUAGUGGCCUGGCCCUCUGUGGUGUUGGCAGUUAGGCA